UAUAUAAAACUUAACGAAAACGUAUACAAUGGGGGAUGCUCUACCGAAAGCUGUUCAUAUUCAAAAGGAACUCUCUCACAAAGACUGCCAAGAGGAAAUGGGUCUCGCACCGAAGAACCUUCCACUCUUCCCGGAGAAGAUUGAUCUUCCAGAGGAAGAUACAGCAGCCAAGUCAGAAGGAAUACAUUUUUGUGUCUUCCAAGACGAGUCACAGCUCAAGGUGCUCAUGGGCCUGAUCGACAAGGAGCUCUCCGAACCGUACUCCAUUUACACCUAUCGCUACUUCGUCUACAACUGGCCAGACCUUUGCUUCUUCGCCCUAGAUGGAGAUCGCUAUGUGGGCGUGAUAGUGUGCAAGUUGGAGGCGACGAGACACGGAUUGCUGCAGGGCUACAUCGCCAUGCUGGCGGUGGAUGCGGAGUACAGGCAGCGGGGAAUCGGAAGAGCUCUCUCGGAAAGGGCCAUAGAAGCCAUGGCGAUAAGAGACGCAGCCAUGGUUGUCCUGGAAACGGAGCUGAGCAACAAACCUGCAUUGGCGCUCUACCAAAGUCUGGGAUUUAUACGGGAACGGCGCUAUUUGCGCUACUACUUGAAUGGCGUGGAUGCCUUUCAUCUGAAGCUAAUGCUCCACGAUUUCAACGACUCCUCCUUGAACGAGGCUUAGAAAGUUUCCACUGCUUCUGAUCGGUUUCGCAUUGGUCCUCCCAUCUGACCUUUGCUCCGUCGCCUUCAAUUAGCGCCCCAGCAUGCUGCUACUUGGGUAGCCCGAAAGGACUCCUCAAAUCAGGUAGAUACAACUACGCCGCCUAAUUGAGCCGCAAAACGGCCCAUGUCGAUGGAAACUGGGAAGAGUCAUGCCGGGCAGGGUGAUCAAACCGAUCGACCAGAAGGGAUAAUUGCUUCUCAGGGUCAAAGUCGCGACACAUUAAGGAGCAGCACUCGUCGCCUCGAUAAGACUAUGCUUUGAUAGGUGGUCCAUUCUGCGUCGGCAUUCCCUUCCCGAACCAUUCAAACCGAUCGAGGAGAUCGCAAAGUUCUCGAAGAUGGGGCUCCUUCGAUAGCAAAUGCAUUUCUGGUGGUCCUUAAGUAUCUGUUGAACUAAAUUAUGGUUCAAAUUGUCUG